UGCACACAAGCGGCCCUUUCUUUCAGGAAGAAAGCUGAAUGUUGUAAGCGGCAAAUCGCCACAUCUGACAGGUAGUGAAUAUUGCUAGAAGUCUUACAGACAUUGACAUAAAUUGUUAAGUAAAGAUUCAAAUCAGAAUGGAUCUGAGUGGAAAAUUAAUCAUCAAAGUCCAGUUAGGAGACGACAUCCGGAGAAUUCCGAUCCACAAUGAGGACAUUACCUACGAUGAGUUGGUGCUGAUGAUGCAGAGAGUGUUUAGGGGAAAGCUGAACAAUGAUGAUGACAUUCUGAUCAAGUAUAAAGACGAAGAUCAAGAUCUGGUGACUAUCUUCGAUGACUCGGAUCUAUCAUUUGCAAUACAGUGCAGCAGGAUUCUAAAAAUAACUUUAUUUGUAAAUGGACAGAACAAUACACCUACAGGAAAUGGGCAGCAACUGACCACGUUGAGGAAAGAGUUGAGACAGAUUCGAGAUCGGGUCACCCAGCUCCUGGACCAGAUGGAGGUGGGGGAGCAGGAAAUUACCAGUUCUAGGGACAGCAAAAGGAUGCCUAAUGCCAAAGAUGAGCCAGUGUUUGUAUCGGAGAGCAGGCGUCGGGUGGAUCAGGUGACUUCCAGCCAGCCGAGGGACGUCUCCCAUAGCAAGGAGUUUGAUCCGUACUCCAGUCAGAAGUCCGUGGAUGAAAACAGCUCCAGCAAAGUCAUGUCUUCGUUUGGAAUGAGCGGACAAGAGAGAUCUGGAACCCCAGACAGCAUAUCCAGCAUUGGCUCAGCAACUAACCAGAAACAAAAUAUCCAGCCCUCACCCACCCCCACCAAUCCUGUCUCCCACCCUUCAGCUUUUGUUUCUCCUCAGCCAUCCCAGAGUCUACCCCAGAGAUCCACCCCACAACAGCACCCUGGACAGCCGAGCUUUAAUCAGCAGCCCAUGGGUUAUCAAGGGCAGCAGCCCGGGUACGGUCAGCAGGCCCCAGGCUUCCCUGGUGGUCCCCAGCAACAAGCCCCACCGCCCCAGCCAGGUGCACAGCAGAGACCCUUUCAGAACCCUUCCACCUCUCAACCUGAAAGGCAACCAAGCCCAAUGACCCAGGGGAUGCCCCCUGGCCAGCCAGGAAUGCCUCAGGGCCAACAACAUGGAAUGCCCUCAGGGCAGCCCGCACAGGGCAUGCCACCUGGACAGGUAGGACAACCGGGAAUGCCCCAGGGUCAACAACAAGGCAUGCAACAAGGGAUGCCCCAUGGGCCACCACAGCCAACGCAGGGGGUACCUCCAGGGCAGCCUGGGUAUCCCCCACAACAGGGCACUGGUAACUAUGGUUACGGGCAGUAUGGUGGCCAAGGCAUGCCUCAGCCUGGACAAGGCCAGAUGCCUCCAGCAUCAUCAUCAGCCUCAUGGAAUCAGCAACAGCAGGGAAUGUUUCAAGGGGGAUAUGCAGGACAACCUCAGCCAGGAGGUACACCCCCCAGCAGUGCUGGAUCCACCCCUGCAAACCAGUCUAAUCCCUAUGCCAGACCGGGAGGGCAAGGGCCCUUCAGUGGUUAUCCCAAACCAGCACAGAAUUAUCCCAAUUAUAACAAGUGAUUAAAUCAAUUAAUACAAAACUUUCUUAGUUUAAUUGUUAUACAAGGACACAAGAGUAUUUGCUUUAUAGUCGUUAAAAUUCCAUCAAAGGCAAUUUUCCAUCCUGUAGUGUUUUGUGCUUGUGCAAUAUUAAUUGGAAAGAUUAAAUAUUUCUCGUGAAUCUUCAAAGGCCAAGGCUGCAUAAUCAUGUGAUGCUUCUAGCAAAAAUGUUGAUGCAUUCCUGCAAAACUAAAUGUCAUUGAGACGAAAAUCAGCUGAUGAUAGUGUUACGCCUUUUAAUUUUUCGUGAUUGAUUUUAUGAAUUAUACAUGGGUGAUGAGGUGUUGUAUCAUGCUGGAUGCAAGUUUGAAUGAGAGAUUUACAAAUGUUGCCUUUGUAUCAGUGAAGGUUUGUGAGAAAGGUGAGGGGAAAUGUCAGUUUAAGUGAGGUCUGAGUGUUGAAAUAUCAUUUAUCAAUGUACGUAUUUUACAUGUAUUCUAAAGCUGGUUUUGUAUUGUUAAACAUGAAUUGAUUAUUAAAGACAGUAAUCCCAUACUGGACCAAAAUUAGACAAUGUUUGCCUUUACCAGAGAGACUGAAAUAAAUCGCCCCGACUCCAAAUAUUUUGUUAUGCCUUUACGAAAUUUUAGAGUUGUCCGAUUUUCAGAUUAUAAGGGACAUGUCUUACAAGUAACAAUUAAGAAAUGAUGAAGUUCAUGGUUUGAAAUUAAUAUUGGUACAAAAUAUGGUAUAUGUUUUCUGUGAGACAGAAAAAUAUGAUUGAGAUUUUCAAGGUUUUCACAUAGAUAACCAAACAGUGCAUUUGUUUUUAUUCAGUAUGCAGAGACCGAUUAGGAUUCCAGGAAAAUAUCUUUGUGAUAUUCAUUUUUGACAUAAGCCUAGAAAUUGAUUUGUGCAUUUUUGGUUUAUUCUUUUCAGGCAAUUAAAACUUCUUUUUUUUUUUUUAUUUCUGAGGACAAUUAACAUAUUUUCGAGGUAUACUAUUACUACAUUGUACAUAAUGGCCGACUUCCUUCUAAAACAUGAAUGAAAAAUGGUUUUUAUCUGGGUUCAUUCUCGUGCAUGUCAUACUCUCUCUGCCAUGAAAAUGUUUAUUUUUGACGAAUAAUUCCACCAGGUUACUUGUUCCUGACUGACAUUCCUAGUAAUUUGUGUGUGUGUGGGGGGGGGGGGGGGGGGGGGGGGGGAUUGGAGUAGCUGUACUUAGAACUGAUACAUGCGUUAUCAUAAUUAAAUUAUUUAUGUAUGGGUUUUGGUAAUGUACUAAUCUCUGAAUAGGUUUUACAUGGAAAUUAUCUUAAUGUCACAGUUAUAGUGGUUGAACAGGUUCAGUAUAAAAAAAAUCAUGACGUGGUACUGUUAUUUAAUUCUUUGUUGAUGUUUUUCUCAUCAUUGUCUACCAGAGACUAUGAGGAUGUAAUGAAAUGUGAUUUGAAUACUUGAAUUAUGAGUUUGAUGAUUGAGGAAUAUAGUGUGUCAUCCUGCUACUUACAUGUCUGUAUUUAUAAUAUACAUGUAUGUAUCAUACGGGUAUAUAUUGCCCAAAAUUACAGAGCAAGAGAAAUAAUAUCUGCAGAUCUUUCUUUGGAUUCUAGUAUGUUCAAUUAUGUCAUAUAAAAACAUUUUAUGGGUUUGUGAAAGUUUGAUUUUUUAUUAAAAUAAAAUGUUUCCUAUUUAA